AAAACAGGAUCUCAAUCAUAACAAUGAAAGAGAAACGUGAAAUUGUACUUUCGAAGAUCCCUCCCUUUGUAUAUUUGUAUACAAAUGGAUCUCAAUACACGUGCCUAUUCGUAUACAUAUACAUGCGUUGACUACUCACUCCCUAACUAACACAUCACAGUCCCAUUUUGCAUUUCACCAACCAACCAUCUCGUUCUCGCCGUGAUGCCUUUGUCUCCUUAUUCCAACUUCAUAACUAUAACCACCAACCUUCGUCUUCGCACUCUAUUCAUCUUAAUCAGAAAAUGGACCAUAAAACAUUACUCAAUCGCCGCAUUCGGUUUAUUCCUUUUAUUCUCAUUCGUUUUUCUCAUUCGAUCCAAUUCCCAUUCCCAAUAUGACACUCACUCCCUCCUCAAUUUCAUUCCCUUCACCCCUCUCACUAACGCCAAACAAAUCGGCGCUCUUUGCUUGGAUGGGACUGCUCCUGGUUACCAUUUUCAAAAGGGUUUUGGAUCUGGAUCCACUAAUUGGUUGCUCCACGUCGAGGGAGGAGGGUGGUGCAAUUCGAUAUCUUCAUGUUCUUAUAGAAAAAUGACUGCUUUGGGAUCAUCUAAGUAUAUGAAUACAACAGUUCUUUUUUCAGGGAUACUAAGCUCUGCCCCCUCUGAAAAUCCUGAUUUCUUUAACUGGAACAAGGUGAAGAUACGCUACUGUGAUGGUGCAUCCUUUGCUGGUCACCCAGAAAGUGAGCAGAAAGGAAGUGGGUUGUUCUUCAGAGGCCAGAUCAUAUGGGAAGCUAUUAUGGAUGAACUCUUAUCAAUUGGCAUGUCUAAAGCGAAACAGGCUCUGUUGUCAGGAUGCUCUGCUGGAGGAUUGGCAACUCUUAUACAUUGUGAUAGCUUCCGACAACUACUUUCGAAAGAGGCCACUGUCAAGUGUCUCGCUGAUGCAGGCUUCUUCCUUGAUGAGAAGGAUAUUCUUGGAAAUAGCACAAUGAAAUCUUUCUAUCACGAAGUUGUCCAGCUCCAGGGUGUUGCAAAAAGUUUGCACAUAGAUUGCCUUGCUAAAAUGGAACCAUCUAAGUGUCUCUUUUCAUCAGAAAUUCUGAAAAACAUAAAGACUCCUGUUUUUCUUGUUCAUCCAGCUUAUGAUUUUUGGCAGAUACACAAUAUUUUGGUACCUGAAGGAUCAGAUCCCCACGGUCGCUGGAAAAGCUGCAGAUUAAACAUUAACAAUUGUGAUGCUAACCUGAUUGAUAUACUUGACAGUUUCCGCAAUUCUUUGCUGAAGACUGUGAAUGAAUUCCAGCAACGAAAAGAGAUUGGAAUGUUUAUAGAUUCCUGCUUUAUCCAUUGCCAGACUUUGAUGGGGGAGACAUGGCAUUCACCUAACUCUCCAAAAAUAAACGAUAAGACAAUUGCUGAAUCAGUUGGCGAUUGGUUCUUUGACCGACAAGUGGUAAAGCUUAUUGACUGCCCUUAUCCAUGUAAUCCUACGUGCCAUAAUAUGGAUUUCACCAAAGUAUAAUCAAGCUAAGUAUCCCAAUUUUCAUUGCCUAUUUUAUCAUGGAUCUGCAUUUGUCAAAAAUCAUGGAAUGGAGAGUCUCACCGUUCUUCAUUAGUUUGAUUAAGAGAGAGAUGGAGAAGAUGGAGAGAGAUGUCACGAGAAGUGAAGCUCUCCGUCACUGUUGUAAAACUUAAUACUAUAAAUGCCAAUAUCAAUUGUACACAAGAUUUUUGUUGUGCAGAAAAUAGUGGUACUUCAUUAUUAAUAAUUAUUGUUGUACUUUAUCAUUUUUA